CCUCAAAAUAAUACAACAAAUUCAAAUUUUAUGGUUUUUUUUUAUAAUAGAUUGUUUAUUUUUUCUGACAGUUGUAAUUUGUAUCCGUUGUAGUUCCACAGUAGUGUAAAUUUGUAAUAAUUAUAUACCGCGAUAUUGCCUUUGCCUUCUAUUACAAUUUGUAUAGCUAUUAUUGUUAUUAGUUACUGUAAACUGUUGAACUAUUUAAUUGUGUAUUAAUUUAAUAAUAUUAAGUAAGGCCUUACAUUUUCUCAAUUAAUAAUAAACAUUUUUGUAUUAGAUUAAAUUUAAAAUUUAAUAUUUUGUCAUAAUUUAAAUUUAUUUCAUUUCAUUUCAUUUUUUAGUUGAUUAUUUUAUAAUUUUUAAACUACUACUUCAUAGUGGUUAAUAUGAUUGGUGAAUCAAGAUCAGAGUUUAGACUUAAGAACCCGCCAGAAGAUGGAAUUUCAUCGGUGAAGUUUGGGCCUAAUUCAUCUCAGUUUUUAUUGGUUUCAUCUUGGGAUUGUUCUGUUAGAUUAUAUGAUGUCCAGGCGAAUAGUAUGCGUACAAAGUAUACACAUGAUAGGCCUGUGUUGGAUGUUAGCUUUCAGGUAUAGUCAUAGUUUUUAGAAAAUAAUAUUUUAAGAUGUACUUAAUAAUUAUUUAAUACAUUCAUUAUUAAAAUAUACUGCUAAGGCAGUUUUUUAAUUAUCUAAUUAAAAUAUUUAAUGAACAUAAUAAUUUUUCGUGAAGUACCUACCUAAAUAAUUUUUAGAUUCUAAGCAAAGCAAUGAAUGAUUUGGUUUUACUAUGUACUAUAUAUGUGUACCAUUUUUUUUAACCCAAACAGCUUUAACAUUAGAAAUCUUAUUGAGGGGUGGUUUCUGAUAAAACAUUUGGUCCAACAUAUAUAUUUUUUUUACGCAUUGUAGUGAAUAUUAUCCACCUCAAAGCUUGUUUAUUUUGAAAAACUACCUGUGCCUCUUUUGAGAGGUGGAUAAUGUAGUUUUUGCUUGUGUUCAAAGAGCUAAUUAAUCCUAUGCUUAAUUACAAAAAUAUGAUUUUUGUCAUUAUAGGAUGCUGUUCAUUCCUUUAGUGGUGGUUUAGAUAACAAGUUGAAAAUGUAUGAUUUAAACAGUAACUCUGGUAAGUCGAUUUUAUGAAUUCUAGAAACAAUCUAAGCUAUAAUAUUUUUUAUUGAAUUUUGUAUUUUAGAAAGUGUCUUGGGUUCACACGAUAACGCAGUGCGUUGUGUUGAAUUUUCCAAUGAAGUAAAUGUAGUUCUAUCUGGUGGUUGGGAUGGUAAUGUUAAAAUGUGGGAUACAAGAUCUUCACAGUGUGUAGGAACCCUCCCACAACCUGACAAAGUAUGUAUGAUAUUUAUUUUUAAAUUCUUAAUCUAUUUAUUCUAUAAUCAUGUAUCUAAUAAUACAUGUUUUACCUUAUAAGUCAUUUAUUCAGAGGGUAAAUGACUUAUGGAAACCAGUGUACCAAUGUUUAGAAAUCUUAUUAAUCAUUAGGAAAAUCAUGGUAUUCUAGAAUUUGGUAUACACAAUAUUAAUCAGUGAUUUUUCCUCUACAUUUAUUAUUAUUAAUUAUUAAUAUUAUUUAUCUUAUUUUAAAAUAUCUUAGGUUUUCACUAUGAGUAAUGUUGGUGAAAAACUUGUAGUGGGCACAGCUGGACGUAAAGUAUUUGUUUGGGAUUUACGAAAUACAGCUUACAUAAUGCAAAGAAGAGAAUCUAAUUUAAAGUUUCAAACAAGAUGUAUACGUUGCUCCCCAAAUAAACAAGGUUAUGUAUUAAGUAGUAUUGAAGGACGUGUUGCUGUUGAAUAUUUUGAUACAGCUCCAGAAAUUCAGAAGAAAAAAUAUGCCUUUAAAUGCCAUAGAAUAAAAGAUAAUGAUAUUGAGUGUAUUUAUCCGGUUAAUGCUAUCAGGUAAUAGUAUUGUAUAGAAUUACUUUAUUAUCCAGUGGUAUAAAUAUUAAUUAUGAAUAAUCACAAAUAAUAUUUUAAUAAAAAUAAAUGUAAGAAAAAAAGGAAACUUUAAAAACAGUUGUUGGAUGUGAUUGAGAAUUAUAUGAAGACGGGUGGAUGUGUACAAAGACAGUGUGGGGGAUUGGGUCUAGUGAAAGUUUUAAUUUGAUGAGGGUGGUCAGCAUUGUUGAUAUGAAGGCAAAGAGUAGUAUAAUGGUUACAAUUUACAAUCAUAAAGAUCGUAUACAAAUAUAGGUAGUAUAAAAUGUAUUUUUAGUCGCCCAAAUAAAAAGUAUUUAAUUUAUCCAUAACUGAAAAUUAAAUUAAAUAUAAUUAUAAAAUAUUAAUAAUUAUUGAGUAAAUAUUGUAUAUUUCAUGAUUGGUUUUGAUUAAUUGAUGACAAGUGGAACUGAGUUUUUUUGAUUUUUGUCAUAUAAUAUUUACUAGUUACAAUAUUAUACUAUUACCAUUGAUUAUACAAUAGAUAGCCCACAGUAUAGGAAUAUUUGUUUACUACCUUUGAAAUGCAACGACUAUGGAGUACUAGUCAUUUGCUUGAAAAUCAAUGGCAACAAAUCCAGUUUGCAUAGCAAUUGUAUCCUACAGAUAGUAGUUAAAUAUUUACAUUUCAUAAGGCUAUCAUGCUAUAACCAAUACAUUUUCUAAUAAUUUAAAAAUAGCUGACUAUAAUUAAUUCUGUACAAAUUUAAUUUAUCUUUAUCUUACACAAAUGGGUUUUGCUACUCUUAUUCUUGUCCUCCACAUCUUUGUCCAUUAAAAUAUCUUCAUGUCCUCAUAUCUACCCUAUUAGCUUCUGCCCUCAAUAUUUGGCCUCCCUUCAGUUGUUUCCAUAAAACUAAUAUCAAAUUAUAAUUAAUUCCCAUUUAAAAUAUUUAUCAAUUAUGUUAUAAUAUAAUGUGUUAAUAGUUUUCAUCAAGGAUUUAAUACGUUUGCUACUGGAGGUUCUGAUGGAUAUGUGAAUAUUUGGGAUGGUUUUAAUAAAAAGAGAUUAUGUCAAUUUCAUCGUUACAAUACAGGGAUCACGUCUCUGUGCUUUAGUCAUGAUGGUAAGUAAAAUAUUGUAUUUUAUUUAUUUAUUUAAUUGAGAUGUAAUAUUAAUGACUAUUUUCUUCAUAAGUUUUAAAAAUUGUUUGGCCAAAUUAAAAUAAACUAUGCAAAUACAAUAAAAUCUAAAUAAUUAAUAUUUAUUGGUUUCAUUGAAGGUUCUUCAUUGGCUAUUGGCAGUUCUUACAUGUAUGAACAAGAUGUGCAUCCAGAUCCAAUACCCGAAAAUAAUGUUUAUAUUAGGUAUGUUACAGAUCAAGAAACUAAACCAAAAUAAACAGUUUCUGACAAAUUGUAAAUUAAAUUUGUAAUUUAUUAAUUAUUAUUAUCAAUAGACUCUUAUAAAUCAUUAUAUUUUUAAUAUUAUUUUGUGACAAUUUUAGGUUCAAAAUCAAUCUAAAUAAAAGUUUAUAAUAAUUAACAGAUAUUAUUUAUUAUUAUUUCAACAGAAUUAAAUAUUGUAC